AUGGCCUCGUUCAUCGAUAACCCGAAGAAACCGCUAGGCAAAUCUCCAGAUAUAUCACCCAGCAAUGAUGUCAACAAGACAGAGGUUGCAGUAUUUUACAACGUAUAUCUGCCCUGGCCUAUCAACACUACCGAGGCAGCCGCGGAAAUCGUAAGGGAACAACUCGAGCAGAUCGGCACAUCCUUUGAAAACACUGCUGAUCACGCGUCAUUGUACUACGUUUCCAUUGGGCGACGCCUCGACGACGGAAUGGUGCAAAACGUUUGCUCUCGCUUCAACAAUCUGUCCUGCAAACGAUUGGGAUACCACUCGAAAGGGUUUGAAGAGAAAACUCUAGAACGACUGAGGAGCUAUUGCGACGACAAGCCUGCGAACCAUCGAGUGGUGUACCUUCAUAACAAGGGUAGUUACCACCCAGGGGGGGGCGCAGUGGUAGACCAGAACGUUUGGCGCCGUGCUGGGACAAGUGCAGCAACCAGCCAACUAUGUGUUCAUCCUCCAGAUGAUGUGUGUGACUUUUGCGGUCUUCUCGUGACACCUCUACCAUGGUUACAUAUUCCUGGAAACUUUUGGACGGCAAAAUGUUCCUACAUCAAUAAGCUAUUGCCUCCCGUAACUUACGAGAAUCUCAUGACAGACUAUAUUGAGCGAGUUGCGGAGCCGCUUCUUGGAAACAGGACCAUGAACAUGCUAUUUCAGAAAGGCUUCAAACGACAGGGAGCCUUUUUUGGGCAAGGCCGCUUCACAGCAGAGAAUUGGAUUGGAAGUCAUCCUUCGGCUAUUCCUUGCGAUGUAGCUCCUGUGUCGUACAUUCGAUACUGGCAAUCCCGAGAUCGCUACGACACGCCCUUUAACUUCUCCUUUGCACCGCGUCGUGAGCUGGCUUACAUGAUGGAUACUGGAGAACCCAGAAUUCCGAAGUAUAUACUGAAAAAGAAGAAUCUUCGCAUAAGAGACUAUCAUCUCCUCGGGGGCAUGAUUACGAGGUGGAUGACAUUCUACAAGGAAAUCCCCGAUGAAAACCAUUGGGUCUGGUCAUACUAUCCAGACGCAGACGAGUGGCAAGCGGCUGCCGAGACGUACGGCGUGAAAGCCUUCGAGAUGGUGGCGGCGACGGUCGCCGCCAUUAGUAGAAAGAAACAGAACCAAACAUUGGCUGCCUCGACGGUGGGUACCGGCUCCUUUACAGAAGCUACCUCUUGAACAGGCUCUUGAAGUGGGUGGUAUUCGUUUGUUCUGAUUCAAUACAAAAUGCGUGUGCCUGUGCGCAAUUGGCACCGUACAAAGGAUUAGGCAUAGCAGAACAACAGACAAUCGCUUGACUGGAAAUCAGGACAUGACUUCGGAUUAGACAUAAGCAAAAGUCACCCCGCUCGUCCGUUGGGGUAUUUGGUACCGUUCCAUUUACGUGAUGUAAACAGAACGGAUCUAUUUACUCACGUAGUCAUGGCGGACAGUAAACGGAACCGUUCCAUAGAAUGUAAUCGGAUCAGUUCUGUUAACUUCUCG